AUGGACCCUCAAAAUGAUGGAAAUGAAAUUGUUGCUAAUGACCAAUUGAGUGAUGGUUUGGAUAAUUGUCGGUCCAAGGCCAAGCUCAUAGAUGGAGAUAAAGUUGUUGAGGAGCCUAAGAGCGGUAUGCUAUUUGGCUCCAUAGAGGAAGUCAUUGACUAUUAUAGGAAUUAUGGAAAGCAAGCGGGCUUUGGUGUGACACAAAAGAAGAAGAAAAAGUAUGAAAAUGGAGAUGUACACUACAUCAGUCUGACAUGUGCUCGCGGAGGCAAAGCAUCAUCCAAUUCAAGGCAUAAUCACGACUUAAGCCCAGGUAAAGCGAGAUACUUUCGGUGCAACAAGAAGUUGGAUCCUGCUAUGAAGAGAAAGCUUGAUAUAGAUGAUAGAGCUGGAAUCCGCACCAAAAAAAUUUAUAACGCACUAGCCGUUGAAGCGGGGGGUUAUGAGAAUCUUACAUUUGGAGAAAGAGUGUGUCGCAAUUAUAUUGCGAACUCAAGACGCCUUCACCUUGGUACAGGAGGUGCCGCAGCACUUCGUGACUAUUUCAAUAGAAUGCGGAAAGUAAAUGAUGAUUUUUAUUUUGAUAUAGAUGUGGAUGAUGAGUGUAGGCUGAGAAAUGUUUUUUGGGCUGAUGCACAAAGUAGGGCAUCAUAUGAAGAUUUUGGUGAUGUGGUUACAUUUGACACAACAUACUUAACCAACAAAUACGAAAUGCCAUUUGCUCCUUUUGUGGGAGUAAACCAUCAUGGUCAAUCAAUUCUUUUAGGGGCGGCAUUAAUUUCAAGUGAGGAUACGGCGUCAUUUGUUUGGUUGUUUGAGGCAUGGUUGAAAUGCAUGAAGGGCCGUGCGCCAAGGGCAAUUAUUACAGAUUAA